AUGCUUCGUUAUAAAUGUAUCUUUUUAGGGCCACAGAAUGAAAGGCAACAUGCAGUCGUUGAAGCGUUUAGGCACGCUUGGAAGGGUUACAAAAGCUACGCUUGGGGCCAUGACAAUCUGAAACCUGUUUCAAGGACGUUCUCAGACUGGUUCGGCAUUGGAUUAACAAUCGUUGACUCUUUGGAUACCAUGUUGAUAAUGGGUUUGGACGAUGAAUUUGAAGAAUCCCGCAACUGGGUCGCGGAGUCACUAACUUUCGAAAAAAACGUUUUUGUGAGUUUCUUUGAAGUAAGUAUUCGUGUGCUUGGUGGCUUACUCAGUGCUUAUCAUCUUAGCGGGGACAAAAUGUUCGUUGAAAAGGCUAGGGAUUUAGGAGAAAGGUUGAUUUCUGCGUACGUUGGAUCGUCAGUUGUGCCGCUGAGCGAUGUGAAUCUUAAAAUGAGGACGGCAAAACCACCGUUAGGCAACGGUGACAGUUCAUUGUCGGAGGUGACAACAGUACAGCUUGAGUUUCGCGACCUGUCAAGGGUAACGGGGAAUUCUACGUUUGAGAAAACUACAUUUGCCACUUCUGAGCAUAUUCAUGAUAUAGGAUGCAAUGAAUAUGACGGACUUUGUGGGAUGUUUAUCGAUCCAAAGACGGGCUUAUUUAAAAGUGUUUCUACAAUCACAGUGGGAGCUCGCGCUGAUAGUUAUUAUGAAUAUCUUUUGAAGCAGUGGUUGCAAAUGGGAAAGACAGUUGAUUGGCUUAAGGAAGAUUAUGUGAAAUCAAUAUUGGCUAUGGAGAAACAUGUAAUUAGAAAGUCGGAGCCAAGCAAAUUUACAUUUGUUGGAGAGAUUUUGCCUACUAAAAGUUUUUCUCCAAAAAUGGACCAUCUCGUUUGUUUUCUUGCCGGUACUUUAGCACUGGGAAGUUUGAACGGACUCUCUGAGUCUCAUUUAGAACUUGGAGAGGCGAUUGGGCUUGGCUGCGAGAAAAUGUAUAGGACGGCAACAGGAUUGGCGCCUGAAAUUAUCUACUUCAACGUGGUUGCUGGUCAAGGAACUGAUGUUUCUAUAAAGGAAAUGGAUGCUCAUUGUCUGCUACGUCCAGAAGCGAUAGAAGCCUGGUUUUAUUUAUACAGAGCUACAGGGAAAAAAGAAUACCAGGAUUGGGGUUGGAAGGCGUUUGAAGCUUUUACAAAAUAUGCCAAAGUUCCAGGCGGAUACUCAUCUGUAAACAACGUUAAACGGGCCCCAGUAGUUCAUAGAGACAUGAUGGAGUCAUUCUUUCUGGCUGAAACCUUGAAAUAUCUUUACCUGCUUUUUGAUGAUGAGAAGACAGACAUACCUCUAGACAGAUACGUCUUUAACUCUGAGGGGCAUCCGUUACCAAUUUACGACCACUGA